ACUCGUCGUGCAAGGUCAAGUUAGUCGCGUUAGAGGCAGGGAGCUACACGCUGAAUGGUAGUCCCCUGUCUAGGGAGGGUAUGAUUCAGAAUUCGGAUAUCCGCAUGAGAGCUGGCGAUCGCGGCUGUCGCGGUCCUGCGGUUGAGCCUGUGGAAUGGCAGAUGUGUUGAGCAGCGUUUUUCUGUGAACUCUGCAGUGCGCUACGCCAAUGGCAAUAUCUGAUGUGCUGACUCACGCUGCCUUUGCGUGGGGUGGCUUCUCCCGCUGGAAGUUAUGCCAGGGGCAACCUAGAAUCAGCCGGAAUGGCUCCGCAGAAGCCCCCAAAUGUGCUGAUUUUCACUGAUGAAGAUGUCGGAUCAAACCAGCCUCGUUUUCACGCCGUGAAGGAAACUUUGAGCAUGUGCCUCAGCCCCGAUAACUACGCCAUUUAUCCUCUGUCUGAGAACCAGGUCAAAACUACUCCUUGGUUGACCAACACUAAACUCCUUAUUGUUGCAUGCAGUGAAAUGAGCAGCACAACAAGGCGCAUCAUUACUGAAUAUUUUCUACGUGGAGGGAAUAUUCUUGUCAUGGCUGCAAAACUAGACUUGCCUGGUGUUAGGCCACUGGAACACAUUUCAGGGCAUCAAGACAUUGCCAAAGUAACAUAUGACACUGCAGGAGAGAUUGCCGUGCUGAGAGGUGAUGUAGUUUACCAGUUUGACCCAGGUACAAGAGUUAAAACUUUGGCAUGUGAUCAGGACGGCACCGGCCUCCUAUUUGAGCUGCGAGGGCGUGGCAGCAACGGAUUGGCACUUCUAUCUCAGAUUCACCUGGAGUUUGAUCCUGUAUUCUUCAGUAUAUCUGAGGAUGUGUUUGCAAAACUCAAGAAAGCAAAUGAGAGCAGGAUAUCGAUGUUGCGAAACAUACUGUCCACAUGCUUUCGCUUGAAUUGCAGCAUCAGUAUCUCCCACAAGUUGUCAACAGGAAAUGUGUUUGCAGCAGACAGGGCGGCGCUUCUGGAUUUUUUGUCUAGACCACAAACUACUUCUGGUGCAUUUGUGGAUGGCGGCAUCACUUUUCACUAUCUCACAGCAGACAAUGCCGCAUCGAUGACACCUACAAUUGACUGCUUGCCUGUGAUCAUCCCGUCUAGCGAUCUAUUCUUCAGCUGUCCCUCUUUCAACAGUGCAAUUUACUUCACUGCAUUGAGGACACACAGCUUGGGCCGACUAGCCCUUUUUGUUGAGAACGUAACUACCACAAUGGCAGCUAUAAAAGCUUUACAAUCUAUCCAUGGAUCUAUUGCUAUUGCCACACGUCAGCUGAACGGAGUAGGUCGAGGAGGCAAUGCCUGGCUUGGCCCUGCUGGCUGUGCCAUGUUCACUGUGUGCCUGCAGUUGCCACUGCAUUCACCUCUGGGCCAAAGAAGCCCUUUUGUCCAGCAUCUUGCUGCCCUGGCUAUGGCCAAAGCUGUUCGUAGCACACAGGGCUAUGAGAUGGUAAAUAUCAGAGUGAAGUGGCCAAACGACAUUUACUAUGGGUCCCAUGUGAAAAUAGGAGGCGUCUUGGUCUCAUCAACGGUUAACAAGGAUGCCAUUACUUGCUUUAUAGGCUGUGGCAUGAACGUUUCAAACAGCCAACCAACUCUAUGCAUCAAUGACAUUGCAAAAGUAGUGUCCUGUAAAUUUAAUACGCAGCAAGUGGUUUGCCCGCUGACACCUGAAGAAGUUAUUGCUAAGGUGUUAAAUGAAAUAGAGUUUUUGGUGGCAACAUUCCAAAGUGGAGGGAGCAGCAUGGUAUUACAAGAGUACUACAAGUACUGGCUCCAUGGUGGCCAGGAAGUCACCCUGCAAGAUUUCGGAUGCAAGGCUUUGAUCAAAGGCUUGGAUGAUUAUGGCUACUUAUUGGCGGAGUGCUCGGGCAAGCUAUACAAAUUGCAGCCUGAUGGAAACAGCUUCGACCUUAUGAACAAUCUUAUUGUUACAAAAGUGUAGCCUUUAUCCAUGUUAUAACAUUCCUUACAUAGUUGAACCUCAGUGUAAUGAAGUUGCAUCUUCACCACAGAACUUGUUAAAUUGUGAACUGAUGCUUUUUCAUGCAAUAAUGUUUCCGCAACUGUACUCUGUACUGAUGACUCAUCUGUGGUGGAUGAGUGUACUUAAAUAAGAGUUCAACAGAAAUUUAAGCAAUACUGACACAGCUGAAGUGCUCAAACAGUUUGGUUAUUUAAUCGUGGGAGCUAUAGCUGCUGAAGCAAGGCUUAGAAAACUGAAGCUGACACAGCGAGACGGGCUUGUGGCUCCCAAAACUUAUAGUGUAGCACAAUAGAGAGAUUUAGCCAAGCAUUUACAGUCUGCUCUACUCAGACCGAUGUAUCCUUAAAAAUGUGUACAUAGCCACUCAGUGGGAACACUAGUGCAUGUGCGCUCAAUGCGCAUGUCGGCAGCGGAGGGCACAACACUGCCCUUGCUUCACUGCCGAGCUGAUUGAACAGAGCGUGAUGGUGCAUCCACUUGGUUUUAGUUGUUUUGCACUCAAACUGGCUGUGCCACUUGCAUCUCUGGAAAACUCACUUAUCAAAAAAUGUGCAAUGAACGCAAAUCUCUGCAGUACCUGAGCACAUGAAGCACGAGUGGAGCAGGCUGUAGGUGAUGCUCUGCUAAAACUGUCUAAUGUCUUAAAGGGGUAUGGAAGGGAACGUUUCAAUUAAGCUACAAAAGAAAACACUUCAGGAAUUACGAAUAGGCUAGUCUCACCGUGAGCUGAGGCCUCUUGGCCAAAAAGCAUACAAAGGCAAAAGAUUGGUGGCACUGCUGUUGCACCACCUCCUUCUGUGUUCAUAGAUCUUUGCUGUUGUCUAGCUGGGGCUUGUUAAUCAUUCAUUAGCAAAAUAUGAUUAGAUUGCAUUUUCAAAUGAGCAAGGACUCAACCUGCUACUUUUGUUAACUUUCCUAUGCACCCACCAUAUUAGCUCUGUGGCUAUGGCGUUCUGCAGCUGAGCACGAGGUAGUGGGUUCGAUUCCUGGCCAUAGUAGCCACAUUUUGAUGGCAGCGAAACGUGAAUACAUUCGCGUGCGUAGUCAAAUAAAUCCGGAGCCCUCCACUUCGCUACAAAGUUGCUUUGGGACUUUAAACCCCAUGAAUCAAAUCAAUCAACUUUACCUUCAAUAACCAACCUUCAAUUUUUCUACUAAUAAGCCAUCUUUAUCUGCCAAAUAGAUGCAGAAAUAGAUGCAGUCUUUUCAAUGUCCCUUUAAAGAACUGUGAGGUGUUCUUGAUGAAGUUAGCAAAGAAUAUUUCAUGCAAUAUCAUUGACACUAAUUCCUGGAAAGGAGUGGAUUGAUUGCUGGACACUCUUUUGAAUAGAUUGCGUGCAUGUUACAUAUCAGCUUAUCACUCAUGGACAUGUAAUUAGCUUUUUGCUUAUCAGCUAGCCCAAGGGUGUGGAAUUGAGUCCUGGUCGCACAUUGAAAAACCCCAGGUGGUCAAAAUUAAUCCGGAAUACCCCGUGCCUAUUAAUUAUAUCAUAGUUUUGGCACAUAAAAUUCUGGAAUUUGUUUAUAUUAAUAUAAGCUGUUGGCAUGUUAUGCAAAGGUCGUUCUACAAUGUGUAUAAAUGUUGGGUGUCAGACAUUUUGAGUUAACAAGCUUAUGUGUACAGUAUUUAGUCAUCAUCACGAGGCCAAAUGUUAUUUAUUAGUGCCUUGUGAGGAGUCUGGAAGUGCAAAAGAAAAACUGCACAUUCUGCCCACUGGGUGGUUCCAACGACAUUCUAAAGUCAUAAAUAGCAGAAUAGCUGCUGCAGAAGCACUUUCUCACUGGUUGAAAGAUACUCACCAGGAACUGGCAGCGCAGGUGAGAUAGCUUGUGCAACCAGGAGUGCAUGCUCCCCUCACAACAGAAAGUCAAAGGAGCCCAGCAGGGCAUGUUGCUCUGAUGUACACUCGUAUCUCCUGUGAAAGCUAGGCACUUGCCAUGGCAGGGAGAAGUGUUAAGGAAAGGGCAUAAGGGAGGAGCAAGGAGCAUUUUUAAAAUAUGUGAAAUGCUUGUAGCUUGGCAGUUCCUGUAAAUUUUUGGAAAGUUAUCCCCAGAAAAUAUUUUUUUAUAUAGUUUCAAAUUUGUCUUUUGGUAAUGUCCAGAUAGUACACAAGUGACAGUGCUGCAAAGAACUGAGGUUCUGGCCAGGGUGGCACAAAAGCGAGAACUUGAAAACUGAAGAAUUGAUGCAGACUCUUUGCCCAUGAUAGGUACACAUUAUGUGAAACAUUUUUACUGUAAUAAACAGCAAAUGAAUUGGUCAUAGGAACGUGUAAGGUAAACAUAACUGCUGAUGUAGUAUUUGGUGUGUGUCUUCUAAAGGGUAGCCACAUUUGUAAUUAUUUUUUUAAACAUCAUGCAUGCAAAUAGCCCAAGAAUGUAUUCUGUGGAAGUGCAAUACAGAUUUUCACUGUAUUUGAUGCUGUGAACAGUGAUAUAAGGGUAUCAACUACAAUGAAAUACAUUUUUCACUGUCAUUCACUCUUGGCACGUAACAGUUGAUGGAAUCACUGGCUGACUAUUGUCUUUGUGCAUUUUAUAAGUAAAUUUGAUCUCGGGAACCCAGCAGAAUGGUGCGCUAACGACCUAGAUGACAUGGUAUAGUUUUUUCGUCUCUAUGUACCUCCCCCAGUGCAAAGUACCAACUGAACUUGCGCCUGGUUAACCUCCUUGCUUUUCCUCCUUUUCUCGCUUUGUGUCUACAAGAUAUGCACUAAAUUAAAAUUUGCAAUAAUGUUGGAGCCUGAAAUGCUGUUUGCUUAGCUUCAGUUUUUUAAUGCUCUCUUAUGGCUUUUCUUUUUUUCCUCAUUGCAAGUAUGCUGGAUGCUACAGGGGUGGACAGGACUGUAAUACCCGGCCACUCUUGUGUAGACGCUUUACCUUUUUUAAAUAUUUAUUUUUAUGUGCUUUUGAGCAUGGUCUAUUCUUCCAGAAAGUGAAGUAAGUGGAUGAUACUAAAUGAUGGAAUAUGCCUAAGAUUGAAGUACAGAAAAAGGCAGACAAGGGUGCUUUAAAGGGACUUUCCAGUACUUUUUCAAGACAGUACUGACUAUGGCUCAGAUAAAAUUGAAAUGUUGCUUGAAGCAAAUGCAAGAACAAUGGCAGAUAUCGGCUCAUGUGAUCAGCGGUUAUUCAAACAAGAAAUUGCAAAAUGCAAACCAACAAGAAGUUGCUUUUAGCCUUUAAUCACCAUUUUCACUCGCCUACUAUCGCAGCCUAUAUGAAGCGCCUAUCACAUAUAUGCAUGGAGGGAAGUUCACAUGCCAUCAUUUCCUGUUCUUUGUAUGUUUCUACAGGCAUUGAAGAUGGCACUGUUGCCACAUGCUCACAACAACCAUGUUGAGUAAGCUAAAAGAAUGUUUAAACAACAGAAGUGAGCACUGUGAGCAUGUGAGCAUGUGAGCACAGAAGUGAGCAUGUCAGUUAUUUAUGGGAGCCAAUUUUCUUUCCUGUCUGUCCUCACACACCUGCUCAUCUCUCCUGGCCAUUCUAGCCAUAGAGUUUCCUACAUAAGGGACUAAAGAGAACUCUGGCACUACGAUCAUUCAGCCACUAUAGCAGCAAUGGGUAAUUAAUAUACAUGGAUUUGUGCAAUCUUUGUGCUUGUGACAUUUCUUUUUGUGUUUUAUUUUUAUGAAUUUCCAAGCAAUCAUAGUUUUAUAAAUUUGGCUAGGCAGUAAGUCUUAGUUUAGUGCACAUGCAUAACUAUUGCAUAUAGUUGCCUUUAUAACACAAUAUAGUGUUGAAAAUGAACAGUUUGCAAGUCUCAAAGCCAUCUGAAGCCAGAAGGAUGAAAUUUAGGCAAAUCCAUUUGCCGCUCAUCAUUUCCAGGCUGGUUGAACCGGCAUGCUUGCGACUCCCAUAGACACUAGUGCCAAGGUUCCUUCUAGUAAUUUUUGUAGGAAACUGAUUCUAGCCACUCAGUCCUCACGCCACCUGUGUGCUCUCCCUUCAAUGGAUAAUUCCAUUCAUUUGGAGGUGGUCACUCCCAGUAAUGCAGCAAAUAUGUAAUGACAAAGCCCACUGUGGAUCAACCAGAGUGUGGUUUGCAACAAUUGUAAUGCUAAGGUUGAGAGAGCAUUCCACAGCCUGCUUUUUCCCUUCAGUUGUUGCGGGGCACAUUGAACCCAAUGAGAGGUUGUGUGUAGGCUUGAUCACGGCUAUGAAGUUGUGCUGCAUGGUUGUAGCUAGACACAAGGGGACAUGAUCACACACAGAGCAUCCUGUGUGUGUGUGAUGCUGCUUCUUCGUUUGUGCCUUACAUUUAUGCAGUGCAACUUCACAGCCAUGAUACUAAACCUGUUACCCAAACCACCUUCACAUUCCAAUGGGCAACUGCUCUGUUUGUGCAACACUGUUUCAUCUAGUCUUCCUGCCACCGAAGAUCCUGUGGCUCUGUGCACAGAUUUUGUUUCGUUUUUUUCCUGCAGACUAUAACGGGUGCAUUUUUCAUGGCUGCAUUUGUGCACAUGCAGGUGCACUUGUCCAGUUAUGAGUGUAAAUGUGGCUGCAUUUAAUAACUAACCACCUGUGCUUUUAGCACUGCACUGCACACGUUCUUGCUAGUGCGUCUUUUCUGAGGACAAAACUUUUGGUGUCUGUGCAGCUACCAUGCUUGCCAUAAAAAAAAAAGCCAUCUUAAUAGAAACAGCUGAAUGCAGCCUUGGAUUUUUUGCUACCCAUAACAGUGGUUCAGUGGCUAUGGCAUUCUGCUGCUCAGCAGCAGAGUGGCCUCCUAUAGACACCUUGCCUUGCUUUAGUAUGUUGAAUCCCAAGAUUCAAUCAUUUCCUACUAAGCCCAUGUAGGCUGAAGGCUGGCAGGUUACAUAGAUGCAUUUUUGCUGAUUACUUAUGUGUGGUGAGGAAACCUUGUAUUUCUUUUGCUUCCUUGUGCAAGCUGCCAAUAUGAAUGUGCAAUGCACACAGUCCUUGUUAAGUCAAAAGAGCAGUGCAGGUUUGCUUUGCCAAACUAAGAAAAAUGUGUGUUUGUUAGUUUGUUAGACCACAAUUUCAUUGCAUUGAGGUUCAUUAUGUUGAGAUUUGACUGUGUCAUGCCUUUUAUUUUUCUUGCCACCAAAGACGCAUUAUUAUUUAUGCUUAUCUUUCUUUCUCCUUUUUUUUUCUUUUGCUAAACACAAGAGAGUGAUUGAAGAGAUUGCAUUCUGUAAUUUGUAUGCACAAAGAACAUGUUUUAAGAAGCAUGUUCAAAAUUCAUAGUCAUGAGUCUUUCACAAAUAAUUGUUUGUUGUUGGCAUAAAUUGUGGCUUGUAGUGCAUUUAUGUGUACAGUAUAAGUUAGGAAAAAUGCCGAUGUUUAGGCUACUUUUGUUAUGUGGUAUUUUUUAUUUCCCUGCUGCAUUAGUACACAAAACGUUUAUUUUCAUAAGCUUCCUCUAAAUGGGUGCAGAAGCUUUCUUUCCCACCAUUUUACUGGUUUGAUCUUCAUGACCUCUGGUGGAGGUGCUACUGUGUUGUGGAACUUUAUGUUGGUCUACUACACCUGGGAUGCCUUUAUUUUCUACAGGAAUUCAGCAUUUCCCUUCUUUGUCCAGUCAAACAUCUUUAUUUCAAAGCACAGAUUUAAUACUCUACAAUGUAGCUCAGCCCGUGUUAGCUGAUGCUGGCAGCUGGGUUACAGUUUUAAAAUCUUUUGGCUUUAACCUAUUGGGGCCUGCUUUGCGACAUCUAUAUGUUUGUAGUUUUUACCCUGCCAAUAUUUGUUACCCAUUGUGAUAUUUGUUUUAAAUAAACAGUAUUUUGAAAGAA